AUGGAGGCGAGCACCAUCGGUCUGAGCGGGGCCAACUUCAUCGACGAGCUCCUGGCUGCACUGCAGGACGACGGCGUCGGCGCCCCACCCGGCCUCGCCACGGCCACGCUCGUCGUCGGGACGCCCGCGCUCGCCAACUUCACCGUCCCCGUGGCGCGGUGGGUGGCCCGCACGCCCUGGUCGCUGUGCAGCAACAUGUGUGGACCGGGGGAGCGCACCCGCAUGGUGGAGUGCGUGGGGGCUUGGGGCAACAAUGGCACCGACCUGUGCAACGCAAACGCAGCGCCUGGAUUCACCAUGGAAUCGUACAUGCCCGACUCCGAGCCCUGCGAGCAGUACACCUCGUGCGCCUACGACUGGAGUUGCCCCAGCGGCCCAGACCCUGUCACGGGCGAGGGCUGCGAGACGCAGGCAUCGGGCGUGGCAAUUGGGAUUGCUGUCGCUUUCCUGUGCUUUGGUUGCCUCCUCUGCCAGUACAUUCGGAGAAGCAAGAGGGCGCUGGAGGACAAGCUGAACGACAUGCUAGGGUUCAAGAGAACGAACAUCUAUUGGGAGGAUGAGGAUGGGAGGGAAGAGACCACUGACAGCAUAUCCCACCAGCUGUUCUAUACUGGGCAGGCAGUAGAGUACUGGUCGAAGCCGCAUCAGACAUGGCUACCAGCCAAUAUCCUUGCUGUCAAGGAAACGCAAUACUACGACAACGCCCUGAAGUUCUACGCGCUCAGCUUCGAUGUCUCCACGGGGUCGGCCGAGCAGAAGGUGCAUGGCGUGGACAUGAUGAACCUGCGCGUGCCUUUUGUGCAUGGCGAAUUGGUGAGCGUCUUUUCCCAGAAGUAUGGGAAAUGGUUUCCGGCCCGCAUCCACGAGUCGUGGUAUGAUGUCGACACGAGGAUCGAAUACGAUGUCAUGUUGGAGGAUGUUUUUGAUGACUACCUGGGGACGUACGUCCUGUCCGAGCUGCAGAAGGACCUCGAGAGGCACUGCAUUGACCGGGGCGAGAACCUGCCGGCACUGAAGAAGAUUCCGGCCAAGCGCCUGAGGAGGCGCUACAACAGCGGGGACCGCGUCCGUGUCUACAGGGGUGCCGACGAGGGCUUCGUGGAGGCAGAAGUCGUCCGUGAGGAGGAAGAGGAGGCAGGGCGGCGCGACGACCGAACUCCCCCGAACCUGUCUCCCCGCACCGGCAACGCCACACCCCCUGGCGUCGCCGCCGCAGGCCGUCCGCGCAGCCAGUCGUCCCUCCGCUCGCGCAGCCCCUCUCCCGGUGGCAGCACCAGCCCCCCUGCUGGCGCGCAGGAGAAGGCGAGGCGACACCACGGCGGCAAGCGCUACGCGCUGGUCACCGUGCGGCGCGUCCUCUCCGCCGGCGCCCGCAGCGUGCACGGCCUCCCCGAGGAGACGAUGCGGCUGCCGGAGUACGUGCUGCGCAGGCCCGCCGCGCCGCAGGGCGCGGCUGCCCCGCCCGCGGGGCGGGGCGCCCCCCGCGGCGGAGGAGUGGCACCCGGGCGCGCCCCGACGAGCCCGGGCACGGAGGUGUGGGUCAAUUGA